CAACAUUCCACAUACACCACUUAGCGACGCAUUGCAUUACUCUUGAAAUCCCUUGACUCAGAUUCAAGCCUCCUAAUGGUUGGAACAGAGUCUUCAGAACAUCCAACUUGAGAAUGCACAAGAACACAGCGAUUUCCUUCCGCGAGCAUGGUAAGUAAAAGGAAACAUGCAUCGUAUGUUUUUUCUUUUUUUGCGGCGCGCUCACGUUCGAAUGCCGCCAACGGCAGCUCACGUUACCGCGUUCUGUGGGAAUGCCGAUGACUGCCGGAGGUCGUGUAAGUGGUUUCGCAAUUCAUUUCCCAGGUCCAACGACUUGCUAUUAGUCUGACCUCUACCCCAGGUUACUUACAACGUCUACGUCAACAUAAUUGCUGUUUGGACUGACCAUGUCUGACGAAGUUGCAUCGAAAUCAUCAUUUCUAUGCAUGUACAUGUCCAAUCACCCCGAUACUUUGGUAUCGUACGUCAAGUAUUGGGGAAAGAUCAAUGACAAUGUAACAAGUGCUCGAAUGAUAGCGAUUGAUACCAAGGGCAUGACUUUGACUUACACUACGAAAGCAGGCGGUGAUGCAAAAAAGCAAGUUACAGUCCCUUUUGAUCCACCACUCGCUGGAUAUGCCGAAGUUAAACCUCGUCUCAUGAACAUGAAAGUCGAUGCUGAAGAAGCACUAGGGAUGACCCGUGCUCCUCAACUGUCGACCUUCCGCCUGACGCCACGAGUGCUACAAACUGUGGUUGUGAUUAGCAUUCUUGUCUACACAACAUUUGCGCCAUCCAGAGACUCACCCUCAUACCACCCAAUUUUUCUCCCGGCAAACUUGAUUCGCAGUUCAAUCCCCUCAUAUGUCAUCACUGGCAGCUGGAUAUUCAUGAUGGUCGUUCACUUCCUCGAAGGCCUCUAUACUUUAUCGCUUUGCAAGAAACAUAGGACUGGAUUUGUUGUCGGACUCCAGUACUUCAUUGUGACUUUCCUUUUUGGUUACCCGGUUUUCACGGAUAUUCACAAACAAGUACAGACGAUGAGGAUCGACAGUAUAAUGAAGGGACAGUGAUCUGUACUACCACCCUUAGUUAUCCCCUUCUAGUCAACGAUGUGUAUUUCUAGACCUCGCUAUACCAAUCUCAUUGUUAGGAACUAUCGGAUAUCCCUGCAUCACACGAUCGAAAUCUAAGCGAAGAAAUGUAGACAUGAAUGUACCUGCGAUCCGUUCAACCAGACUGACUCGUACUCCUUUGCUGGAAAUACUUGAACAAUUGCAAACAUAUGGCAUAUGCAACUUGAGACGUUAUAAUGAUGUAUUA